AUGGGCUCCGAGAAGAUUCUACCGCAAGAGGGCAAGAGGAAUAUUCUCAUCACAUCUGCUUUACCAUAUGUGAACAAUACCCCUCAUCUCGGAAACAUCGUGGGCAGCGUGCUCAGCGCAGAUGUCUUUUCAAGAUACAACAAAGCCCGCGGCAGACCAACACUAUAUGUCUGUGGCACGGACGAGUACGGAACUGCAACCGAAACUCAGGCCUUGAAAGAAGGCGUCACACCAGAAGAGCUAUGUGCGAAAUAUAACAAAAUCCAUGCUGAGGUCUACGAGUGGUUCAAUAUUGGCUUUGACAUCUUCGGCCGCACUCCUACAAAGCAACACACCGAGAUCUCGCAACAUAUCUUCACCCAGUUGCAUGAAAGGGACUUGCUCACCGAACACACCAACAGUCAACCCUUUUGCGAAAAGCACGGAAAAUUCUUAGCAGACCGAUUCGUCGAAGGAACCUGCCCGAAAUGUGGCUACGAUGAUGCUCGAGGUGAUCAGUGCGAUAAAUGCGGCAGUCUCCUUGACCCUCUUGAGUUGAUUAAUCCUCGCUGCAAAGUUGACGGGGCCACUCCGGUAACGAAAGAGACAAAACAUACAUAUCUACGACUCGAUGUUUUGCAGCCUAAAGUUGAGGAGUGGUCGAAAGAUUCGAUUGAGAAAGGAGCAUGGUCAAGAAACGCAAAGGUGAUUACAGAGGCCUGGUUAAAACAAGGGCUCAAGGAAAGAGGUAUCACUCGUGAUCUUUCAUGGGGUGUUCCAGUCCCUUUACCUGGCUACGAACACAAGGUGCUCUAUGUGUGGUUUGAAGCUUGCAUCGGCUAUCCCUCAAUCACGGCCAACUACACCGAUGAAUGGAGAAAGUGGUGGUACAAUCCUGAGAAUGUCCAGCUUUAUCAAUUCUUGGGCAAGGACAAUGUUCCUUUCCACUCGGUGAUCUUCCCAGCGUGCCAAAUUGGCACAGAGGAUAACUGGACGAAGCUACACCAUCUUUCUGCCACUGAAUAUCUCAAUUACGAGAACGGAAAAUUCAGCAAAAGUCGUGGAAUCGGAGUCUUUGGUAAUAAUGCCAAAGAGACGGGUGUACCACCUGAUGUGUGGAGGUACUAUCUACUCAAAAAUCGACCAGAAUCUGGUGACACUCAAUUUGAAUGGCGUCCUUUCAUCGAAGGAAACAAUUCCGAGCUCCUCGCUAAAUUGGGCAACUUUGUCAAUCGAAUCAUCAAGCUCGUCAACUCACCUAAGGCGUACUCCGGUGUUAUUCCCGAUUUCGAUGCCAAAGAUCUUCCCGAAUCCUUCCAGGCUCCUUUGGCAGAGAUCACAGACUUAUUGAAGCAAUAUCUUGCCGAGAUGGAAGCUGUUCAUCUUCGUAAUGGAGUUCAGGUCGCCAUGAGAAUUGCAGAAGCAGGUAAUGGGCUCAUCCAAGCUCAUCGUCUGGACAAUGCUCUAAUCGCCAGUGAACCCAAACUUGCAGCAGCGGUGGUUGGGACUGUGAUCAAUCUGAUCUAUCUCACAUCGGCAAUAUUUGAACCAUACCUACCGACCACCACGGCGUCAAUCCGAAAACAAUUGAACAGUGACUUCCUGCAGAUUCCAUCAGAAGAAGAUAUUGAAGGUGGUUGGUUCCCGACUAAUAUCAAGCCAGGUCAUAAAAUCGGGCAGGCAGAAUAUCUAUUCACCAAGAUAGACGACAAGAAGGCAGAUGAGUGGAAAGAAUACUUUGGGGGAAGUCAAGCAGAAAGAGAGAAAAAGAAGAAAGAAGAAGCCGAGGUUGCAGCCAAGAAGGCUGCACAGAAGGAGAAGGUCAAGGCGAAGAAGGCUGCUCAAAAAGCUGCCGCUGCUGGUAGCAAGGGUGAGAGUGUAGAGAAAAGUGCGAAAGGCGGCCAGAAGGGGAAGGAUUUGGCCAACGCUGCUUCGCAGGUUGGUGAGGACGCGGCUGUUGACAAGGUCACCGAUGGUGUGGCUCAAGUCACUUUGCCUACUUCUUGA